GUCGGUCACAUGUGAGUGUCGAUAAAUAUCUUAGUUUUAUCGUGUAACUGCUUUCAGUAGUCUUAAUUAUUAUUUUCAUCAACGUAUUUUAAAUAAAAAACAAAAUGGGUGACAUUGAGGAUACUCACUUCGAGACCGGGGACUCUGGUGCGUCGGCCACUUUUCCUAUGCAAUGUUCAGCCCUACGCAAAAACGGUUUUGUCAUGCUGAAGGGUCGUCCCUGCAAGAUCGUCGAGAUGUCCACAUCUAAAACCGGCAAGCACGGUCACGCUAAAGUACAUCUUGUUGGAAUUGAUAUUUUCAACGGAAAGAAAUAUGAAGAUAUAUGCCCGUCCACCCACAACAUGGACGUACCCCACGUGAAGCGUGAGGACUACCAGCUAACCGACAUAUCUGAUGAUGGCUACCUUACACUCAUGGCCGACAACGGUGACCUUCGUGAGGACCUAAAGAUCCCUGAUGGAGACCUCGGCACACAGCUUCGCUCAGACUUCGACAGCGGCAAGGAGUUGCUGUGCACCGUGCUGAAGUCCUGCGGUGAGGAAUGCGUCAUCGCGGUGAAGGCGAACACGGCCCUCGACAAAUAAACUGACUCAGCAUUUAUAGGGACUAUAAUAAACAUUUCAUUUUUUAUACACAAUCAACAACUCUACAUAAAUGUAAAACAUAAUAUUAUGUAUAAUUUAACGUAAAUUUGUUUCGACGCCGGCCGUCGCCGUCCCCUCCCGUCCGCCGGCCUUCGUGUAACUUGCGAAAAAACAUUGCGAGUUUUAUUACGAUAUCGUUUUUUGAAAGAAGGUUCUCGAAGUAAAUGAUCGUCGCCCAUAGACCAGAUAGCUUCGACGCUAGAUUUGAAUUAAUUAGGACCGAAAGCGAUGCGAUGGCCUGCGACGGACGGCGGCGACACUUCACGUUUGUUUUGUUUUGUUUGUUCUCUUUUCGCUUCCUAAGUCUCAUAGUUAUUUUGCUAGCCGUUUGCGAAAGACAUCGGAGCCAACGGAAAGAUGGACGCAGACUUGAAGCUAUCAUAAUUUAACGCUAAUUUAAUCAAUAUAACAGAACCGAUAAAAAAAAUAAAAAUUACAAAAAAAUAGAAAUAAAGAGAAAUUCUUGAAUGUGGUGUGUGAUUGAUCUGUCCUCGUGAGCGACCCUUCCGUGUAACACUCAUCUGUUCAAAUUGCCUCCUUUCGGAGUCGUUUCUAUACACAUUUCACAAAAUUAGCCAAGUGUCGAAGCCGAUCGGUGACAAAGACUGACCACUGUCACUCGAAAAUCCAAUAUUUUCAGUCAAGACUGAAAUGCAUUUUUUAGAUAAAAUAGUUGAUUAUUCUUAUAUAAACUUAGCACUAGACGAGUACGUGCUCGAGGCCUUUCCUUGCUCUCUUUGAUUUGAACGUAUGAAGUAUGUUACCGAAUGGCUCGCGUAGGUAUAGUUCCGUAGGGUACUAUGCACUUGUAUAUCCUUUAAAUUAACGUUUUAUUAACAUCAAAUUGUCAAAGACGAUAUGAUAUACUAAUACUAUGUAAGAAUGUAAGGUAAGGCCCUAUAGAAAAAAAAAAUAUUUUUUUAUUCAUACAUCGCAAUUUGUAAAAACUACAAAAUCUUAGACUGUCUGUCAGUUUGAAAUGUACAUUAUUUUCGAAAUUGCAUAAUCGUUGUUGUUGGUGAAGUUUUUAUACUUAGCAGCUUGUAAUCAAGUUUUUAUUUAUAAACAGAACUAAAGUAUUUGUAAAGACAUCCGCAGAUGUAAAAUAAAAUACUUUAGUAACGAGGAUAUUUUUCUUUUAUGGACAAAAUGAAAACCUUAACGCCGUCGCUACUAGUUCGAUAAUGAAAUAAUACCAAUGUUGACACUCGUAAGAGAUAAUUUGUUUUGUGAAAUUAUCUGUCUCGGAACCAGCGUUGAAUCGCUUUAUGAUAGAGCAAAUUCUUAAGUAUCUUUGUGAAGUGAAACGUCAAGUUUACGAUGUAAGUAACUAUUAAGCAAUUAUUUACUUUUUUACGGGCAAGGGUUGGAUCGUAAUCUGUGCGAUGAUAUUAAGUGAUGAAUUUGUAUAUACGUAAGAAUUGAAUAAAAGGAUGUUAGUAAUAUUAAAAAAUUCAAUAUUCAACAUUUGUGCAAUUUUUUACGUAUAUUAUUUUGUCAAUGUGCAAACAUUACCGAAUUAAAUAGCAUCAGCUAAUUAAUAAAUAUAUGUGAAUUGCAGUAACUAUUUAAAAGUGUCGAAUUAAAAUCUGUACAAAACGA